AUGACAACCCGCAGAGCCCCCCUGGCCAACGUCCCUAAUGCUACCAACUCCCCUCACCAUGCCGUUUCCACGACGGCAGCCAUGAAGCGUGGACGUCCGCCUGGCCCGCCGUGGGAUUGUGCACCUCCUCCAUUGAAGAAACAGAUGCUGGAUGCGGAUACUGUGGACACGCGACCCCCUCAGAAGAGCCUCAGCCAGCAGCAGACGGGCGAGUCGAAACUAUUCACACGUCGGACGAAUACCCAACCUACCGCCUUCGAGAAGAAGCUUGUUGCAGCAAGAGACAAGCCAAAACAGCCAAACACCCUGAAAGUGAGCAGGAACAUCAAGUACUGCCCUGAGUCGGUCGAGAGUGUUCGUCAAUGGCAGAGACACUACCGCAAAGUGUUUCCCACCUAUGUCUUUUACUUUGAGAGUAUUCCUGUGGAAACCAGGAAGAAAUAUGUCAGGCAGAUCAUGUCUCUCGGUGCCACCGAGGAAAAAUUCUUCUCGAGGAUAGUUACCCAUGUCGUUACUUCUCGCUCCAUUCCGCCAGAGCAUGACUCUCCAAAGCCUACAGAGAUGACCCAGACAUCUACCUCGGCUGGCAAUAACCUCACUGAAGGCUCAGUUCAAACCGUGAACCCUUCUCUACUGGAAAAAAGUAUAGACACCGCCCAAUCACAACUCGUGAAGACGCGAUCUAGAACAGGGUUUGGAAUGAUCGAACCCGAGAACAAGAAGGGACCUGGAGACCUCCUGUACCGGGCUCGUCAGAUGAAUAUGAAAAUAUGGACCCUGGAUAAACUUCAGCGGGUUAUCUUUACUAUGAACGACAAGGAACUUGCUCAUAUACUCCAGCCCAGCCGCAACGGUGGUGCAGCCGUAAAAACCAAGGCCGAAGAAGAUCUCUCAUUAGCCCUACAGCAUGAGAAACUCCAUGCUCCUGUCGACUCCGACACCCUAACACUAAGCAAGGGUCUGGUCCCGUUCAAAGGUCCUUACCUGUAUGUCUGGGAUUUUGCAAGGGAAACCCGUCCAAUCGUUGUUCGAGAGUAUCCGAAAGUCGCUAGAAAGCAAGACGGCGCCUGGCCACAGUUCCGUGGGGCUGAGCUGGGGAAAUGCCCGUUUAUCGACGUCCCAGCGAACAAGAGGACAGAUAAAGAAAAACUGAAAAAACAGCCAACCAAGGCUGACCCUCAAGCCGCUGUGAUAUCGAAAGCAAUGGCGCCUCCUGCCAGAGGGCCAAGCAAGUUAAACCAGCAAUCUACUAAUCAAGACGACACCGAAUCUGCGGUCGAGGAACCCGCAGGCAAGCCGUUCGAACCCGUGGAGACUACCGCGGUAGCCCCCAGACCUCUCUCGAAGGGCUCCAUCUCCGCCUCCUCCCUAGCCUUUAAAUUUGGAGGUGAACCAGCCGCGUCUGGAGUUCAACCGUCAAAUAUUACAUCCGCCAUCCGCUCACAGAUGAUAUCCUCGACAGCAGCCGUGCAGGGCGCGAAAGCUGGCACAAGUAAAGAAGUGCACGAGCUGAAACGGAAAGUGCUAGAGAAGAGCAGCGGUAUCGUGUCUACAGCAAUCUCCUCGUCAUACCGCGCCGAUGCAGCAGCCGCCUCGCAGCAGCAGCCUGCCAGAAUGCCAAUUGCGCGAGCAGCUAAAUUAAAAGCACAGUUGAAUGAAGAUGGGAAGCUGAACCACACAGAGCACAGUAGACGGACUAGCGACGUGGGCCCCAGGAAGAAUAGCGGUCUAAGAAAACAGCAGUCCGGCAAGAAGCGGGAAUCCAAGCCAGGCUACUGCGAGAACUGUAGGGAGAAAUUUGAGGAUUUUGAAGACCACGUCGAGACCAGGAAGCAUCGGAAAUUCGCCAUGAACCCCAACAAUUUCUAUGAGAUAGACGCGUUCAUCGAGCAGCUCACAUCUUACCUCUGA